AUGCGGUGCGCUCUGACUUUGCCGGCUCUUUUGUCCUCCUGCAGCCGACGCGCCACGUGGCCGCGGCGCUGGGGCCAACCCGCGACACUCACCGCUGCGGCCACUCGGUGCAUCGGCGCACUCGCCUUUGCUCCUACUCGCAUCGGCCAGAAGGACCAGCGGCGCAGUGACCGGGGCGAGUCCCGCCGCCUGACCUUCGAGGAGCGUGCCGAGCGCCGCACGGGGAAGUCCCGUGAGCUGAAGCUGGCGCGGGAGAACCUGCUGCAGGAGGCGGAGCAGGUCAUCCAGGCGGACGUCCCGGACGAGCUCGAGCACAUCUUUAUGCAACACUUUGAGCGGGCGAACGUGUGCGCCAUGAAGGUGCUAAACAUGGCCAAGUGCCUGGAGCUCUUAGAGGUCGAUGUUGGCGGCGGCCGCAAGGUUCUCCUCACGAAGGUGGCGCAGGUUGUGAAGACGAGCAACUCCACUGUUGAGAUCGUCCCGCAGAACGCGAGCUUCGCCAGCCCCGUCCUGCACCGCGUGACCCGCUUUGACGCGACGCUGCAUGUGACGAAGGAGCAGCAGAAGAUUAAGGUGGUGAUGCCGCCCGUGACGACCGGACGCCGCGACAAGGCGGUGGCCGAGAUACAGCAGGUGAUAGCCGCGUUCAAGCAGAAGACCAAGCAGGUGCGGACGCACGCCACCAAGGCGCUGCAGGACGCCAGCAUCGACGAAAACGCGCUGCGCGAUCUGAACGCGCAGCUGGACACCACCGUCAACACCUUCACGGCGGAGAAGGCGGCGGAGCUGGAGCAGCUUGCGGAGGAUGUGACUUCGAUGGGCGUCGACGAGUCCGACAUCGGGGCGUGA